UCUGCUUCCUCCCUGCACUCUCUCCCAGGUGCACCUCUGGACCCUUAGCGACAUGUCCCGCUACAACCAGUGCCUGCCAUGCCGGCCCUGCGGCCCGACCCCGCUGGCCAACGCUCAGAACUCCACCGUUGUCAUUGAGCCCCCUCCCGUGGUGGUGACCCUGCCCGGCCCCAUCCUCAGCUCCUUCCCGCAGAACACCGUUGUGGGAUCCUCCACCUCCGCUGCCGUUGGCAGCAUCCUCAGCUGUGAUGGAGUGCCCAUCACCUCUGGGUGCUCUGACCUCUCUGGCAUUUCCAGCCGCUACUAUGGCAGAAGAUGCCUCCUGUGA